AUGACAAGCGGCUUCGUCGUCGACGAUGGAGUGCCUGAAGCAAAGUUGCCUGGGAGGCUUCAGUCAGACAUUGAUGUAACUGGAGAUGAUGAAGUGAACGACUGCCCCAUUGAGGAAGUUAGGCUAACUGUUCCAAUCACUGAUGACCCAUCACAACCAACCUUGACAUUUCGUACAUGGGUUCUUGGGAUUUUAUCGUGCGCAGUUCUUGCCUUCGUUAACAAGUUUUUUGGGUACCGCACGAAUCAGCUGUCUGUUUCUUCAGUCUCGGCGCAGAUUGUUGUCCUCCCUCUAGGGAAGUUGAUGGCUGCAACCCUGCCAACAAGAAAAUUCCGAGUGCCAUUUACAAAAUUGUCGUUUUCAAUGAAUCCGGGGCCUUUCAAUUUGAAGGAACAUGUGUUGAUCACCAUUUUCGCCAACUCCGGAGCAGGCGGUGUUUAUGCAGUUCACAUUAUCACAAUUGUUAAGGCUUUCUACAAAAGGGGUCAGCAUCCGGCGGCCGCCUUCUUGUUAGCACAAACCACUCAGUUGCUUGGGUAUGGAUGGGCUGGCAUUUUCAGAAAAUACCUUGUUGACUCCCCUUACAUGUGGUGGCCUUCAAAUCUGGUUCAGGUCUCUCUUUUCAGGGCAUUGCAUGAAAAGGAAAAGAGACCAAAGGGAGGCCUUACUAGGCUGCAGUUCUUCCUUGUAGUUUUCAUAAGCAGCUUUGCUUACUACAUAAUUCCUGGUUAUCUCUUCCCCACCAUAUCUGCUUUCUCCAUUGUUUGUUUCAUAUGGAAAAACUCCAUCACAGCCCAACAGAUUGGCUCUGGAAUGAAUGGCCUUGGCAUUGGCUCCUUUGGCUUGGAUUGGUCCACCAUUGCUGGCUUCUUAGGCAGCCCUCUAGCCACACCUGGAUUUGCCAUCAUAAACAUGUUGAUUGGUUUUGUCUUGAUUCUCUACAUUCUUACCCCCAUUUCUUAUUGGUCCAAUGCAUAUGAUGCUAAGAAGUUCCCAAUCUUUACCUCCCACACUUUCGCCUCCACGGGCAAGACCUACGAAAUCUCCCGAAUUCUGAAUGCAACGACUUUCAACAUUGAUCUGAACGCCUAUAACAGUUACAGUAAACUCUAUCUGAGUACCUUCUUUGCCUUCAAUUAUGGGUUGAGCUUUGCCACUCUAACAGCCACUAUUUCACAUGUUGCACUCUUCCAUGGAAAAUCAAUCUGGGAUAUGUGGAAGAAGACGACUAGUGCCGUGAAAGACCAGAUUGGAGAUAUCCACACAAGGCUAAUGAAGAAGAACUAUGAAGCAGUGCCCCAAUGGUGGUUUCACAUCAUCCUUGUUUUAAUGGUUGCUCUUUCAGUCUUUACUUGUGAAGGUUUUGGCAAACAGCUCCAACUUCCAUGGUGGGGAGUUUUAAUGGCUUGUGGAAUUGCACUAUUUUUCACCUUACCCAUCGGCAUUAUUCAAGCCACAACGAACCAGCAACCAGGGCUUAAUGUGAUUACAGAGUUAGUUAUUGGGUAUAUUUACCCAGGGAGGCCUCUGGCUAAUGUGUCUUUCAAGACCUACGGAUACAUCAGCAUGUCACAAGCACUCACAUUUCUUGGUGACUUCAAAUUAGGUCACUAUAUGAAGAUCCCUCCUAAAUCAAUGUUUAUGGCGCAGUUAGUUGGAACAGUAGUGGCCUCAAGUGUGUACUUUGGCACAGCUUGGUGGCUUCUUACUUCUGUUGACCACAUCUGCGAUGUGUCAAAUUUGCCGGAGGGAAGUCCAUGGACAUGUCCUGGUGAUGAUGUGUUCUACAAUGCCUCAAUCAUAUGGGGGGUCAUAGGCCCCUUAAGAAUGUUCACUAGCAAAGGAGUCUACCCAGAGAUGAACUGGUUCUUCCUCAUUGGCUUGCUUGCACCGGUUCCCGGUUGGUUUCUCUCUAAGAAAUUUCCCAACCAAAAAUGGAUCAGGCUCAUAAACAUGCCCAUCAUACUUGGAUCAACAAGUAGUAUGCCCCCAGCUAAAGCAGUACACUACAUAACAUGGUUUGCAGUUGGAAUUUUCUUCAGCUUCUAUGUUUACAAAAGGCACAAGGGGUGGUGGGCUAGGCAUAACUAUAUCCUAUCUGCUGCUUUGGAUGCUGGACUUGCCUUUAUGGGAGUUCUCCUAUAUUUCACUCUUCAAUCCAAUAAUAUAAAUGGCCCAGAAUGGUGGGGUCUGGGAGGUGACCAUUGUCCGUUGGCCAUAUGUCCCACGGCGCCAGGGGUAGUUGCCAAAGGCUGUCCAGUUCAGUGA